AUGACAAUGUUUGCACAGAAUUACCAUCGUCAAUUGCCCGCGCCCUCAGCAUCCUCCGGCGGCAAGAAGCAGAAGAAGAAGUGGUCCAAGGGAAAGGUCAAGGACAAGGCCCAGCACGCCGUCGUUUUGGACAAAGCCAUCUCGGACAAACUCAACAAGGACGUUCAGUCGUACCGCCUCAUCACCGUGGCCGUUCUGGUCGACAGAUUGAAGAUCAAUGGCUCAUUAGCACGGAGAGCCCUUGCUGAUCUCGAGGAUCGGGGCGUCAUCCGCAAGGUUGUCGGACAUCACACGGGCAGCAUUUACACGAGAGCGGCAGCCGACAGCGAUUAG